UUGACAUUGUAAAAAACCCCAGAUGAGGCUCACGCAGGCAGGUGGACCUUGGACGCUGGAACCUCUAUAAAACCCAGAGACGGAACUUCAGCUGCAUCAGAUCUGAAGAUGAGGAGCUUGGCCUUCGUCGUUUCACUGGCACUGCUGUGUGUGUGUGACAGCCUGAAGUUCGGGCAGCUCUGCAGUGGAAACUCUGCCAACAGCAGGAGGUCCGGGGACCGCUGGGGACAGGGACACUACGGAGCCAGACGGGGAACCAGAGUCCACUCUGGUCUGGACAUUGUGUGCAGCGAUGGUUCCGAUGUCUACGCCCCGUUUGAUGUGACGCUCCACGGGAAAGUUAUUGUCUACACCGACCCGGCGAAGUCUGCCAUCAACAACGGCAUCAACCUGAGAGGAGAAGGUCUGUGCUUCAAGCUGUUCUACGUCAACCCGGACCGGACCUCUGGCACCGUGUUGAAGGGGCAGAAGCUCGGCACCAUGCUGCCCAUGCAGACGGUUUAUCCAGGCAUCACGUCACACAUCCACGUCCAGAUGUGCGACAAGAGCGACCCGAGCCAGUACUUCUGAGUCCUGUUCUGUUGGUCCAGAUGGAAUAAACCAAUGCACCUGAAAA